CCGGAUAGCCUUACCACCUCUUUCCACUCCCUCGUCAAUUGUGAUACCCGGGACUCAACAUGUCUGCCCCUUCUUUUGCCAACUACAUUGUCAAGCGCCCGCUGCUUAAGCGCUGGAUGCAGCCCCUUGCCAACUGGUACACCGACGCCGCCGGCUACAGGAGACUCGGACUCAAGUUCGACGACCUCAUUCCCGAGGAAAGCGAGAACGUCCAGAAGGCCAUCAAGCGUCUUCCAUCCAAGGAGGCCUAUGACCGUGUCUUCCGUAUCCGCCGUGCCUUCCAGUGCUCCAUCUCCCACACUCUUCUUCCCGCCAACGAGCAGACCAAGCCCGAGGAGGACGUCGAGUACCUGAGCCCCAUCAUUCGCGAGAUCGAGAAAGAGGUCAAGGAGCGUGAGGACCUCGACAACCUUGUUGUCCGCAAGUAAACGAUUUCUACUUCGUUCAAUAGAUAUGAAAACAAGGGGUUGGGAUAGCUGGGCUGGCAUGAAAUAGACGCCUGGUGUGCUUUCUUUGUGAUGGAUGUGGGCGCUAUCGUCGGCGGCCCACGGCUUGGUUUUGUAGCCUGUGUGUACUGAUAUUGUACAAAUCGAUUUUAUUCGCGCUCUUAAUAUUUGUGAUCGCCGUUAGACUUUUCAAGUGGACUGCAAGUCAAUUUGAUAUUCAGCAGUCGUGCGGG